UUUAUAAGCUAUAUCAUGUACUAUGGUCAACAUAUGAUUUUUCAGUCACCCGAAUCACGACAGAAGUACAAAGAGACCUUCUCAAUAGACCCAGUGACCGGAAGUGUAUCUUUAAACCAGUGUUUAGAUUAUGAAAGUAAUAGUUACUAUCAAUUCAUAGUAACAGCGAAGGAUUCUGGACCGAACGGAGGACUGUCCAGUACAGCUGAAUUCACAAUCCACGUGAAGGACGUUCAAGACGAACCGCCUUUCUUCACUGGCAUAUACAGGAAACCUAUCAAAGCAAAUACCCCAAAGGGAUCGGAGGCAGCACGAGUGCAUGCUAUAGAUGGUGACCAAGGAGUAUCAAACGAGAUUCACUAUUCAAUAACAUAUAGCAGUUGUGGUGAUGGACUCUUUAUUAUAAACAGUGCAACCGGUGUUAUAUAUACAUCAAGAAAUAUUGACAGGAAUAGCGGAACAAUCAGACAGCAAUUUGGAUAUUGUACUGUGACUGUGGAAGCAAGUGAAAUACAAAAGGUUAAUGAGACCCAGUACGGCAACACAACUGCUUCGACAAAUGUCACAAUCACAUUGCAAGAUUUUAAUGCCCACCAACCAACUACCACAGAUGUUACCGGAAUCGCUGCUAGUACACUUCAACCAACAAAACAAACGCUACCAAGUCUGAACUGCACCGAACCGUGGAAUUUUCAAAGCCCGUGUAAUGAGAGCACAGUCCAAGCCGGGGUUACAAAGUUUCCUCACCCCGCCUCACACCACAAAUUUUUAAUAUGUGAUGCAUCGGGAAAGACUUACUCAGCAUAUUGCCCACCAAAUGAGGUUUUUCACGCCGGUUGUUCUUCCUGUGCUCCACCUUUGCAGAGGUUUUCAGCGUCGUGUCAGUUAUUUAAAGAUGAUUUUACUAAUCCUUGUUCCAAAGAAAAUGUCAUCGCAGGAAACCUUACCUUUCCGUACCCUAACAGCUCUACAAAAUAUAUUCGUUGCGACACACUGGGCAAUGCUUGGGUAGAGGAAUGCUUAUCGGGUUCUUUAUGGGACCAAGCGAACCUGGUUUGCAUGCUACCAGCAGCUUACAAUCCUUGUCACCGGCGUGGAAGCAUGGUACAAUCACUUUUUCCGCAUUACUGCAACCCCCGUCUCUACGUGCAGUGCGGAAAUAACCAACAACCUUUCGUACAUACGUGUCAGAAAAACUACGUAUUUCUACAGUGGGAUUUAACUUGCAUACCUCCAGGAUUUCCGGGAUCGGAACAUCUUAGAUACACAUGUAACUAAAAUUACAUACGAAUCUUCAAACAGAGAACAAAUAUUUAGAAAUGUAGAAAUUUAGAAUGGUUACUUCAUGUUGCCUUUUGACCAACUACAAUGUUCGAUUACAUUCUAAUC